UGGAUGCAGUUAAUAUGAAAUCGAUACUAUCGAAACAUGUUUUUACCGGUGUAGUGGCAUCACACCUUGCGGUAAUAUUGCGCACUCAGUGUACGGUCACAUCAACACAAGUUCGAGUGAAAAACAAGGAAAUGUAUGCACUCUCCAGCUCGUUGAUCCGCUCGCCGGCGCUGCGCCAGGGCCUUCAGAUGGCCUCUGCCAGCCGACCGGUGUCGAUGAAGGUGGUAUCUGUGGCCGAAACCCAGAAGGACGAGUCGUUCUUUGAGAAGAACGAGCGUUUGGGCAGGAAGCUUUCGCCUCAUCUGACUAUCUACCAGCCGCAGCUGACAUCCAUGCUCUCGAUCUGCCAUCGCGGCACAGGGUUGGCAUUGGGAGUGGGUGUCUGGGGUCUCGGUUUGGGCGCCCUGAUCUCAUCCCACGACAUCAGCCACUAUGUGACCAUGGUGGAGGGCCUCCAGCUGAGUGGCGCCACUCUGACCGCCCUCAAGUUCAUCAUCGCCUAUCCGGCAGGCUAUCACACCGCCAAUGGGAUAAGGCAUCUCCUCUGGGACACCGGACGGUUCCUGAAGAUCAAGGAGGUCUACUCCACUGGUUACGCAAUGGUCGCCACCUCUUUCGUGCUAUCCGCUAUCUUGGCCCUGCUCUAAGCCCACGUCCCCGGCUAGACCAAUUACAUUUUAGUGCAAACACAGUGAAAAUUGUUAUAUACUAAAUACAUGUAGUGUGUAUAUUUAUAAAGGUG